UAUAAAGCCAAGUAUGUGUCUCGAUUGAUGAGCAGUCUUUUUCUAGUAGCAAUUCAGAUAGUUUUACCUUAUUCUCAACAUCAACAUGUCGAUUCAGCUGGUGAUCAUUGCUACUUUGGCGAUUGGAGUUUUCUCUUCUGCUGAUCCAAACUAUAAGCCUCGUCCUCCACAGUAUGCUGCCCCACCCAGAUACGAAUACGUCGAGAUUCCGCAUUGCGCUAAGAACACAACAAAAUCCUGGUGUCUCGAAGACUCUGAAUAUCCUCAACAUGAAGUCCAACAAGCUCUCGAUGAACACUACCAGGCCGUCCUCGCUUUCUACAAGGACAAAUUGGCCAGCACAGAAAACUCUGUCAGUGGUUUGGAAAAGUUGAACGACGAGGUUUACCUUUGCCCGAGUUCCACUGGCUACAUCCGUCCACUUCGUGCCAUCAACGUCGAUGGCAAAUGGCGCACAAUCAUCAACAACGUCGAGUCUUAUGGCAUCAAGUACACUCAAACUGCUCGUGUGGAAGAGUGUGAUGUUGUUGUUGGGACCAGUUGUCCAUUAAUCGAGUCGUGCUACGCCUCGAAAUGCAUCCAGAAGAACAUCUUCCAUCGCUUUUUGGUUUACAAUCCCUAUGAUGAACAUUUCCCAUUCGCAAUUGAGAAAUUCAAACUUCCCGGCUCGUGCGGGUGUGUCGUCGGAGCUUUCCAUCCUUGAACAACCACAAAAGUCUCUUGAAGUAAUAUAAGGAAAUGUGGUUGAUGUACCGACCGAGGUAUCAUGUAAUUCAUAUGAAAAUUCGUAAUAUUUUUGCUACUGGUAUUUGAAUUAACUCAUGACAAAGUAAUA